AUUAAUCCAAUUCCUUGUUCCAACUGACGACCCCCAACUUUAAACCAUCAAUCCAUCUAUCCAUUUUAGUAUUCUAUUUGGCUCAAGAUUUUAAUUCAUGUAAAAGGGCUACGUCUAAUCCAGCAACAAAAUUGAGUCCAACAAAAAAGCAAUACGUCUAAUCCAGAAUGAGACUCGAAGCAACAGAUCGCCGACCAAGAAAUGACGAACGGUCAACUCAUAUAUGAAAAGCAAUACGCCGUUUCCGCCGAUUUUUGUUAAAAAUAAUAGCUCAAGGGCAUUUUCGGAAUUGAGGGGUAUGUUGAAGAACAUCCCCCAGAAAACGAGCUCAGCUUCAUCCUCUCUCUUUUCCUCCAUUUUGACGAAACCAGCCAAUGCCAUCUCCGCCUUGGUCUCCACCAUUCGAGUGCCGGAAUCAAUCCACGAUCUCCAAAUCAGCGUCGCACCAGCGCAGCUUGCCCGCGAGCAAGGGGUAGUCCUGCAGGACUCUUCCGAGAGACUCUUUAAUCUGCCCAACAACCAGCCAUCCGGAGUCCUCGGAGGAGCCCUUGUUGUAGCAGAGAAGCAGGUGGAAGCGCCGCUGCAGCACCGCCGCCGAUCCCGCAUUCUGUGAAACCGUGAUUCUGCGCGAUUGUCGUGGAUCUGUUGGCUUUGUUGGAACCACUGUUUGAAUUGCUUCCACGCGCACUUUGCCCACCGGAGUUGCCAUUAUUUUUUUUGUUUUCAAGAUGUUGUGGAUGAAUUUCAGUGGCAAUAGCUUCAGUGUUGAAUAAUUAUAAAUUUGACAAUACAAAUUAGUGUAACCAAAUAAGGAGUUACUGCUUAGAUGGUGAUCGGAGGACAUUUUAUUCUUGGUUAAAAUAAACAAGAGUGUUAAAUAAGUGUUUGCUAGAGUGUGUUACUAAGUCUCAUUUCAUUCUUUGUCAAAGCAACUCCUAAUUCAUUCGAUGAUUUUA